GCCCUCCUCCGCUCAGCCACUCACUCCUCCAUCCAGCCAGCCACUCUUGAUGGAUGAUCUGCCGGCCAGUCUCACCAAGGGACCAGCCAGCCGAUUCACUCGGGGGAGAUCUACUUCAACGUAGACACCUUCGAGUUCGACAAUCUGAUGGGUGAGACUGGGCAUACGUCCCAGGCGGGGGUGGGAGACCGGCCGAAUGAGAAAGGGGAAGCCAAGGAAGAGACUUCUGGGGGGUCCCUUCAACGGAAGAAGCGGAAGACUGAGGAAGUCAACCAGCCUUCCCAUCAGGGGGCCCAGUCCUCCGACGCCGGCAAGGGGCCGAUGGUCGGCCGGAUCGGGGAGGAGUACUUCGCCCAGCUGGUGAAGUCGAUGGAUGAGGAGAAGGCCUGGAUGGAGGCCAUGAUGGUCGAAUGCCGGAAGGAAGCCCAGGCUGCCCGGGCCAAUGCAGAGAAGAUAGAGGCCAAAUGGACAGAGCACUGUGCGGUUUACCGCCAGCUCUAUGCCAAGCACGACGGCCUCCUCAAGGCUGCGAAAGAGGCCGAUGAGCAGGCCCAGGCCAAGAUCAAUCAGCUGGAGGCCGAAAAUGCCCGGUCAGCCGAGGAAAUCGCUCGGCUGGAAGAUGAGCUGCAGAAAGAGCAAUCUGAGCGUGCCGCCCUUGCUGCUGCCUGGGCUACUGAAACGCCUGAGGAGUUUGCUGCUAAGGCGUUGCCUGACCGGGAGACUGCCAUCCGCUUCUUCCAAGGCUUGUACAAGUACGAGGUCUCGGCCGGGAUCGUCGACGAAAUCGGAACGUACGGCUUUGAAAGCGGCGAGUACUCGGAGCGGAAGGCCCUCUAUGGCAUCCUUCAGCAGAGGAUCCAAAGUUUUCAGCCAAAGGCUCUUUCUCUGCCCGAGCUGCACUCUGAGGCGCCUGAACCUCCCUUCCCGGGCAUCUGAUCCGUCCGGCCUUCCUUCCUCAUCUGAUUUUCUCUUUUUUUUUAUGAUGUAAUGGUCUGCCUCCAGGCACUUUUGUAUUUCAUUGAAAUAUUAAUGAAAAUAUUCUUUAAGUUAUGUGCUGAGUGUCCCGUUUUUUUUAUUUCUUUUCAUCUUGAAUUCUUUAACAGUUUAGAUUAAUAAAUAACAGCCCGGCUGUAUUUACCCGGCUUAGAAUACAAUUUUACCCAAGUCUUUUCGAAAGACUAGAUAGUGAGCCGGGAAGACUUUAAGGCUGACCUGUUUCCACAAUGGCUUAACACCCCGUGUGGAUAGGCAAACCUUGAGUUUUCCUUCAAAACGUCCGGCUUAACUGGCCGG